GGCGGGCACUGCGGGCGGGCGGGGGCACUGCAGCACCGUGGCCCUCUGGCCGUGCGUCCGGGCAGCGGCCCCGCUCGAGGGGGCGCUGUGGGCCCCGCCGUGCGUCCUUUUGUCAACGCGCACGGCCACGAGAGCUCGCAUUUCCUCGCAGUGUCGUGCGGGAAAUGUAUUUCCUCCUGGCGGCGGGGCGGUGAGGCGCGAGCGAGCGGGAAGGACGCCUUUUGUCGCCGCGGAGUCGCCUCCGUGGUCUCCGGCGCCGGGUGACGCAGAGACGUUGCCCGCACUGGUGGGAACUGCAGGCGGCUCUGCCCAGGGCGCCGGGGCUGCUCGGGGAUGGGGAGCAAACAGCGCUCCGCAGACUAGCCGGGUGCGUGUAGGAGGCAGACCCCCAAGAGAAACAACAAGAGGACGCAACCACCCCCCCCCCAGCACCCCGCACCCCCGCAGUGGAAGAGCAGGGAUGGAUACGAUGCCGCGCAGCAGUUUCCGCCUGGAUGCUGAGUGCCUGUAGUGUGGUCUGUGUUCCCGAGCGUGGAGCUAGGCGUGCAGGCCGAACGCCAAGAAGAGGGAGGCAAGGACAAGGCUGGCCCAGCCUCCUGGCGUUCAGGAGUGCCCUGGAAAAGCCUCCAGGAAAAUGAGUGAAGAGUCGGCCCCCGAGGCCGCCUCCCCGCCGCCAGCCCAGAGCCAGCAGUACUUCGACCGCUUCUCCGAGGAGGACCCCGAGUACCUGCGCCUUCGCCACCGCGCGGCUGACCUGCGGCAGGAUUUUAACCUGAUGGAGCAGAAGAAGCGCGUCACCAUGAUACUGCAGAGCCCGUCUUUCAGGGAGGAGCUGGAAGGCCUCAUCCAGGAGCAGAUGAAGAAAGGGAACAAUUCCUCCAACAUCUGGGCCCUGCGGCAGAUUGCGGACUUCAUGGCCAGCACCUCCCACGCGGUCUUCCCGACACCUUCCAUGAACUUCUCCAUGAUGACACCCAUCAAUGACCUCCACACGGCCGACUCCUUGAACCUGGCCAAAGGGGAGCGGCUCAUGCGGUGCAAGAUCAGCAGCGUCUACCGCCUGCUGGACCUCUAUGGCUGGGCCCAGCUCAGCGACACCUACGUCACGCUGAGAGUCAGCAAGGAGCAGGACCACUUCCUGAUUAGCCCCAAGGGAGUGUCCUGCAGUGAAGUGACUGCGUCCAGCCUGAUCAAGGUGAACAUCUUGGGGGAGGUGGUGGAGAAGGGCAGCAGCUGCUUCCCAGUGGACACCACGGGCUUCUGCCUACACUCGGCCAUCUACGCAGCCCGGCCCGACGUGCGCUGCGUCAUCCACCUGCACACGCCGGCCACGGCUGCGGUGUCGGCCAUGAAGUGGGGCCUCCUGCCUGUCUCCCACAAUGCCCUGCUGGUGGGGGACAUGGCCUACUAUGACUUCAACGGGGAAAUGGAGCAGGAAGCAGAUCGGAUCAACCUGCAGAAGUGCCUUGGACCCACCUGCAAGAUCCUGGUGCUAAGAAACCACGGCAUGGUUGCUCUGGGCGACACUGUGGAGGAGGCGUUUUAUAAAGCCUUCCACCUGCAGGCAGCCUGUGAGGUGCAGGUGUCUGCUUUAUCCAGCGCUGGGGGAGUGGAAAACCUCAUCCUCCUGGAGCAGGAGAAACACCGCCCGCAUGAAGUGGGUUCUGUCCAGUGGGCAGGGAGCACCUUUGGACCCAUGCAGAAGAGCCGGCUGGGGGAGCAUGAGUUUGAGGCCCUCAUGAGGAUGCUGGACAACCUGGGCUACAGAACGGGCUACACGUACCGCUACCCCUUCGUUCAAGAGAAAGCCAAACACAAGAGUGAGGUGGAGAUCCCCGCCACGGUCACGGCCUUCGUGUUCGAGGAGGACGGCGCGCCCGUGCCCAUGCUGCGGCAGCACGCGCAGAAGCAGCAGAAGGAGAAGACCCGCUGGCUCAACACGCCCAACACCUACCUGCGGGUCAACGUGGCAGACGAGGUGCAGAGGAGCAUGGGCAGCCCGCGGCCCAAGACCACGUGGAUGAAGGCGGACGAGGUGGAGAAAUCCAGCAGUGGCAUGCCCAUACGGAUCGAAAACCCAAACCAAUUUGUGCCUCUCUAUACUGACCCCCAGGAAGUCCUGGACAUGCGGAACAAGAUCCGAGAACAGAACCGCCAGGACGUGAAGUCAGCGGGGCCUCAGUCCCAGCUCCUGGCGAGCGUCAUUGCCGAGAAGAGCCCGUCUACAGAGAGCCAGCUGGUGGCCAAGGGUGACGCAGAUACCAAAGACGAUUCCGAGGAGGCGGUUCCCAACCCCUUCAGCCAACUCACUGACCAGGAGCUGGAGGAGUACAAGAAAGAGGUGGAGAGAAAGAAACUGGAACUGGAAGGAGAGAAAGAAACCGCCCCGGCAGAGCCUGGCUCCCCUGUAAAAUCCGCGCCUGCUUCUCCAGCCCAGAGCCCAGUGAAGCCGGACACAGAGAGCCCCGUGGUGUCUCCGGCCAAGUCUGUAGAGGAAGGUGCUAAGAAGACAGAAACAAGCAAAGACACCACAGAGCCCCCAACAACGCAGCCCAAAGGGGUGGUGGUCAAUGGGAGAGAGGAGGAGCAGACCGCAGAGGAAAUUCUCAGCAAAGGCUUGAGCCAGAUGACCACCAAUGCCGACACGGAUGUUGAUGCUUCCAAGGACAAAACCGAGUCGGUCACCAGCGGCCCCCUGUCUCCAGAGGGCUCACCUUCCAAGUCUCCCUCAAAGAAGAAAAAGAAAUUCCGAACCCCAUCCUUCCUGAAAAAGAGCAAAAAGAAGGAGAAAGUGGAGUCCUGAUUCGUAGCACUGUGGGGCUCCCGUUUAUAAGCACCCUCCUCCCCACCAUCCCUCCCUUCUCUCAUCUGUUCCUGGAAGCACAGGGCCAAGGAGGGGUAGAACAGGACCCUGAAUCACAACCUCGGGGGGGAAACGUAGGGAUCACUCAUCCAACCCCUCAUUUUACAAUCAUCCCAGAGAGAUCAGGUGACUUCCCAAGGUUAUACUGCUGGUUGGUGGUAGAGCCUGUGCUGGAAUCUGGGCCUCCCGGCUCCCGGUCCAGCACUUUCCACUACACAACACUGCCGAGUGGGGAUGCUGCCUGCUAUUUCUGAGCCCGGCAGGCAGGCCAGAGGGGGGGCCAGCUCUCAGAGGUUAGAGAGGCCAGACGGAUGGGGGCUUCCCUCUGAGCACCGGCCUUUUCCCCACGGGAAUCCAAUCUCCUGCCGAUGGAGCCAUUACAACAUUUCCAGGUCUCUUCUAUUUUCCAGAGUCCCAACCCUGCUGCUCAUAGGAACCAGACAAAUCGACCCUUUCCCUGCCAAUUGAAGUUACUCUUUACGCCCGAGGGCUGAUGGCUUAGCUUGUGCUUCCUCAACCACUAACCCUGAGCUUUCUUCAUGGAACCCCGUGAAUGACAGAUGAAGGAGUUGGCAGACAGAGGGCAAGCCCGGCCAGUCAUAGGGUUGGGGAUUGCUUACUCCAUAGAAGGAGCCAGAAACUCACCCCAGUGGAAGUGUGCAUCUCAGUUUCCUUCAAAGAACAGCUCAGAAAGAAAGUGAGCUUAGAAAGAAGGGGUCUCGUGCUUUGGGGGAAGUUUCGAUCCUUCCCUGACCCUUCCUGACAAGGAGGAUCUAAGUAGCACAGGAAGUUCUUUCUAGGCCUUUUAGCUUUGCGUGACACACGGGGCAGUGUGACUCCUCCUGUCCCACCCGCCUGGCAGUCAGGUGUGCCCUGCUCAUCCCUCAGCCCUGGCAGCCAUAGCUCACAGACAGAACCUGACAGCUUCCCCUCGCACCUUCACUCUCAGGUUCUGACUCAAUCAUUUGGGAUCCCUCGGAGAGCAGUGAAAAGAAUCUGUUAGGAUUAAUCCCCAUGGACCAGCUGGCAGAGAAAUGUUCAGGGGUCCCUGGCCCUGUCACUGUUCAUCAUGAAUGUGGUCAUAGCCACAGUUACUGUUUCAGAUGCCAACACCAGCCUUUCCUAUUAUUACAUGGGACAUUGAUUAAUGAGCGUUGUUGGCACCCCCCAAAAUAGACAAUCCAUCCUCCUUAAAGCACAGUGUCUACAAAGAAUAUUUUCCCUUUUUGUCUUGAUUCGUGUAAAACUAUUUUUGCAAGUUCUUAAUCAGAGCUUCCCUGUUAGAGCAUUUACUGUAUAUAGCUAGACGCUGUGCAGUCCUGUAUCCUUUCCCCCUCACAGGGUAAGAUGAGUCUCACGUUAUGGGCAAGGAAACAGAGCCUUCGAAGAGUAGAUUGGCUUCAGGUGACUUGUUUUGGGGUGGCCUGUUUCAGGUGACUUGCCUGCAAAGAUCCAGAGCUUGAACUUGAAUCCAGGUCACUCAAGUCUAGAAUUUUUGCUUUGAAUGGCUCUGUUGAGUCCAGGACCUAUUUCUGUGACUGGUGUCCACUGCGUUGUGGAGGGGAAAGUGAACCCCCCCCACCCUUUGCCCUCCCUCAUGGUGCAUGCUGAGUCCCCAUCCACUGACACUGUGGCAAGGCCAGGGUGAUCUCUGACAAAGGAGAGGCAAGAGUUUUGAGAACGAGAUGGUAAACGGCAUCAUCUUUGGCCUAUGUUUUGAGAAGGGAGAAACUGACAUAAGCAUGAGGAAUUGCUGAGCCUAUACCCCUGUCAUGCAGAUUCCUUAGCCACAUCCCCAGGUCCCCUCUCUCUGUUCUGCUCUCUGAUUGGGUCUCGUCUAGCGAUGGACAGCCCAAGCGGUCAGGGCCAGUCAUGCCUCAGAGAAAUCUAUGACAGGAGAAAUGCCUUUGCUGCCUUCUUUAUAAAAAACUAGCUUCCCACUCAUCCACCAUCCCAUCAUAGUAAUUGUUCAGCAUCCAUUAAGCCCCAGGCAUGUCCUGACUCUGGAAGGAAGUGAACUCUCAGACGGGGAUAACCAGCGGAAGCCGUGGGCACCGAGGGGGGGGGGCGUGGCUCUUGCUGCCGAUGCAGCUUUCUCUGUGUGAGAGGCUGCCGCUCGGACGGUGUCCCACAGACUGGCUUUAAUUCCCUUCACCACAGGGAGGCUCCGCCUAGGCGAUGAGGUUCCAUUGAGGUGUAAGUGCCCAGCCCUUAUUGGAGUGUUGUCCAUGGGGUUCAUGCCAUGGGCGUGCUGCGUAGCAAUCCAUUUGUUCAUUUGAAAAUCAUCAGUGAGUUGGGUCUGGGGCUAGACAUAAACCCUGGCUUCAGGAAGUUUGUAAAUAUGGGAGACUUGGACACACGCUACGAAACAGGUAAGGGCAUGGCGCGGCGCAAGAGAGCAAAGAUUUAUUAGUCCAGAGAAGCCUUCCUGAAAGGAGUAAUGGAUGCGUUAAGAGUCUCAGAACAAUGAGGAAUUUUCCAGAAGGAUGAAGGGUUGGCAGGAUAUUCCACGAUGAGGGAAGAACACGUGUAAAGACCUGGAAGCAGAAAACGCCACGACGAACCCGCUGAACCUUUCUGUACAGUUCAACCAUCAAGUGUGAGGUGGGGGGUGGGGGGUGCACAGGCUUCUGUCUCCUGGGUGAAGGUGACUUGGAAACUGGCACUGCAUGCAGGAGCGAGACUGAUGGCAUAAGGGGUCUCAAGGCGCUGAGGGUCUUGGAUUGGGGUCAAGUCAUGAUCCAACUUGCCUCAGAGGACAACCCUUUUGGCGACUGAGUGGAGAAUGGUUGGGAAACAGGAGAUGCCCUCUGGAACAGGCCUUCCUGAACUGUCAGUCCCGAAACGUGUUUGGUAGCCGGCCUGCCACCACAUCUUCCUUUCCAGCACAGAAUUAAGCAUCAAGGUCUUUGGAUAUAGCUUCUUAAGGAUUUCCAAGGACAAAGCAAUGUUCUAAGAGUGGACAGACGCUAGCAGGUUCCAGCUCUGUGUCUUGGUGUAGGUGUGCUGUUGGUCAUUUGAUGAUUCCCUCUUCCCAGGUGGACGAGGGGCAUGCUCAGCCCGAGGCUUGAGGGCCAGGCACUGAUUGCUGAGGACACCGAAGUGUGGCCCAGCCAGAUCACAGGCGUGCAGGGGGCGGGGGGCGGUCCAAGGGCACCUUCUGGGACUCUGGGUACAAGCGGGCCAGAAACCUUGCCUCGUACCUGGAAUAGGUGUGUAAAUGGGUAUCUCAGAAGCAGCAGGCAAUAGGUUCACAUCUAGUAAACCCGCUGCUUGAAUUAGCCACCUGAUAAUAUAGGAUUGAAAAACCUGCCCCAAGUUACUGUUCUGGCCACCUCAUGGGGAGUAGAGAGGUGUCUUGGCUGUUUCCAUGGGAAGAAGAGCAGGAUGAGGAGGGACCAGGGCAGAGAAGCUGCAGAGAGGUGAGCCUGGCUGCCUCUCCCCACCACGUGACCCUCCUCUAACUGAAAAAGGUGCCCCAAGGGAUACCUCCAGCCCAAAGUGGGGCUCCCUGUGCGCCCCCUGACUUACAUGCACCCAAGAAGCUGUGAUUUCCUCCAGGUUCCAUAUGAGAAUGGGAUUUCUUAACUCCCCGACUCCUCUCUCAUGAAAAGGAGGAUUUUCCUCUGCGGACAGACAAGUUCUUUUUUAAAAAGGAGUUGGGAAGAUUUGGCUCAGGACGCAGGUCCAGUAAACUGUCCCUCUGGUACUCACAGGGGCAGCUGGACACAGGGGCCACCAUUGGCCUGUGAGCCAGACCUCUUACAGAGCUCAGAUGGCGUGGCCAGAGCAGGGGCUGUCAGCCUGUGACGUGGCUGCCUGAGAAAACCUGGGGACGCUGACCCAUGGGACUCAUGCGGGUCAGCAAAAGCCCUGGGGUGGGUGGGCUCCAGGGCUGAUGACUUGGAAGAAACCCCCCUUGCUCACCCCUUCCUUGAGCCCCAGAAAACCCUCUGAGACAGUGACACCCAAAGAGUCUGAGAAGUGAGAAUGGAGACUUCUCUACACAUUGUCCCACGGGCCCCCCCCAGUCCAAAACCUGAUGCCCCUCACCCAUAUGCCAACCGUUCCACGUUGGUUCCCAAAAGGGGUGAUUUUAACCGAGGCCUCCGAGGUCUGAACCGACUCGAACACCAGACACGUGUGGGUUAUUAGCACACAGUAUCACCCGUGACACCCUGGGAGAAGCACGUGCCCGGAGAGAAGGUUCCAAAGGCCUGUGUCACGGCCACGUCUUCUUGCAUGUGGAAGGUGCUUUUUUUUUUCUUCCAGAAAUGAGAGCACACAUGAAAGGUGAGGUCUCCUCCCCAAGACCCCCGGGGAACUCUUCUCAGUACAGAAAGUUCCUUGCAUUUUAAAGAAAAAAUAAAGAUAGACUUCCCUUUAUAAGAAGGAGUAAAAAAAAAAAAGAUAAAAAUCCCAAGAUAAAAAAAUAGCAGGUGCUCUUGGAAGCACAGAGGCAGGGUUUGCUGCGGCUCAUGCUUUGGGUGGCAUUAGGUUUUGCCAAAUUCAUGUCCGACGCCUCUUGCCUUCACGGUAUGCCCUGGAGCUAGGUUACUGCCGUGAGAAGCAGGGUCUGCAGGGCGGGAGAGGCAGGGAGGCUCUCGGGGAGGCUGGGCCCCAGCCUGGGUAGGGCAGACCUUACGGUUGUUCUGGAGUAGCUGUGUCCGGGCUCCAGUCCCUGCCACAGGGUGGCAGGGUUGGGGCACUCGGGCUGGGAUGUGGAUGUGGUAACUCUGUGACAGGGAAAAAGGGAGGAAUUUUGGGGGUGGGGGAGGCUUGGGGGGAGGGCAACAUGGGAGGGGGUGGAGAACGGCCGGAGAAGAGUCAAAUGUCUUUUCCUUGCUAAGGAACCCUGAGAGGCUCCAAGGUCAGAUCUUCACUUUGAACGUGGACGGGAGGGAGAGAGAGAGGGGCAGGAGGGACAGAAGGCGGCAGUUCUAUGUACUGAAGCCCUUACUGCAUGCCAGGGGCCUCACCCCGGCCCCCGCCUCACGCCCACCGGGCCUGCUCUGUGGGAGAUUGACGCGGGGAGCUGCCCCACCUGUAGACCCCUGUGAUCUGCAGUGUUUGUCCUCGGCGGGGGGUGUGGU